AUGGCCCUCUUUAGUACGUCUCCAUGCACACCUGAGUAUGACCGGAGAGCUGAGCUCACAGCUUUUGACGAAACCAAAACUGGUGUCAAAGGACUUGUAGACGCCGGAAUAACUGACGUCCCUCGGAUGUUCCGUCUACCCUCACCUGAAAACCUAAACUCCAAUCAACCCUCACACUCAGAGCUUAGUCUUCCGACCAUCGAUCUGGAAGGAAUCAACGAAGAUCCUAUCCGGAGAAAGGAGGUGAUCGAGAAAGUGAAGGAUGCAUUCGAGACUUGGGGUUUCUUCCAGAUUGUGAAUCAUGGAAUUCCUGAUAGCAUGUUGGAGGAGAUGAAAAAAGGUGUUUUAGGGUUUUUUGAGCAGGAUAGUGAGGUGAAGAAACAGUGGUACACUAGGGAUCGUAGCGGGAAGCGUAAGUUCGUGCACCACAGCAACUUUGACUUGUACACUGCAGCGGUGACUAACUGGCGAGACUCUUUCUUUUGCACAAUGGCUCCUGAUACUCCUCAACCAGACGAGUUGCCAUCGCCUUGCAGGUAUGCUUUUCAAUCUAUUUCAGUGAAAAAGAUGGUGUCGUGA